AAUGUUUCUUCCUUUCACAAUCUAAACUUGUUCAAGCUUCAUCUUCUCAACCUACCCUUCAAAAAAGUUCUGCGACAGAGACAAAGGGAGAGAGAAAGAGAAAGGUCGGAUCGAAACCUCGCAGGAGAAGAAUGUGGCACAUGUUCGUGUUGGACGAGGAACAGAAGGAACUGGGUCGGCGACAGGCCCCAGGAUCAUGCCCUUAUUGUGAUGGCAAGGUUGAAGCCAUGGAUGUCGAGAUCCAGUGGAAAUUUUGCUUCUUGCCCAUGUGCUUCAAGAUCAAGAGGAAGUUCUUCUGCACUUCAUGUGCCAGACGUUUAGAAUUGUUCUUUUAAACCCUUGUCAUUAUUAUUACUAUUAUUAUGAUUAUCAUCAUCAUUUUAUAUAUAUAACCCUCUAGCUAGAUUUUGGCCAUGGAGAGAAAAACAUACACUCUCUCUCUUUCUUCACCUUUUUUAUAUCACAAGCUUCUGUUUUCCCUUGUUGAAUUCUGAGAUUUUGACCAAAGGUUUUCAUGUAAAUGGAUUGAUUUAUGUUUAA